AUGGGAAAUUGUUCAUUAUGUAAUCACACAAAUUAUGGUAAUGAAUAUUUACAUUCAGAAAAUGACACUAAUAAUGAUACUUCAUUCCAAAAUUUGUAUAAUAUGUCAAACUCUUUAUCAUAUCCAUUACUUUGCAGGGAGUUUCAUAAUACACUAACUUCUAAUACUGAUUCACAGAAUAUAGCUUCAGCAGAUACAAUGCAAUCAGAUAUAUCAACAAAUUAUGAUACUACAUUAUUGAUGAAUACAAUAAGAGAUUUUGGAUGGCCAUAUUUUGAAAAGUCCACUUCUGCUUUUUCUUUAUGUUCACAUGGAAAAUCCAAUUUCAGUUCAAGUUAUCGUGAUUGUCGUCUACGUUAUAUUAAACAAACAAGAAAACUACAAAAAUAUCUUCGUGUUACACCUGAAGGUCAUAUAUUAGUGAAUAAUCCGAAAAUUGAACAUCACCAUAUACUACAUCAUAAUUUACAUCAGUCACCUGGUACUCAAUCUUACAAUAAUUCCAAAAUCAAUACAUUGGAAUGUAAAGGUAACUUAAGUAAAUUUACAACAAAUGGUCAUGAUUUAUGCAAUAAUCCAUUUGGUUCAUUAAUUAGCACACCAAAAAUUAAACGUAUAUAUACAGCAUUUUGGAAUUUGGAACCACGUGAAAGUAUCACUGUACACAAAUUACCUUCAUCAAAGACUACAACAUUUACAGAAUCAACAACUUCAUCCUUGAAUCAUUAUACAAAUGGUUAUGAUUACUUAAAUACUACUAAUCAUGAACAAAUUGAUGAGUUGGAAUUCCCAACGCAUAAUAAUAAUGAUAACAAUAAAGAUAUUACACCAAACACUCCACAGUUAGAACCUUUAAUUGAAGAUUCUAUAAACGAUAAAAUAACAGAUUAUCAGAUCUAG